CCUUUGCUUGUCGCAACCUACAGGUUGGUCUAGUGACUCCUUCUGGUCUCCCUCCAUUAACAUCGUGCCUGAGUUUUAGCCCUUAACACAGGUAGGUGCCUCUUCUUGCUAGGUAAGAAAUACAUGAUACUUGAAAAGAAAGUAAACCACGAUGCGGACAAGGAAUUCAUCAUGAAGUGCGAAGGCGCACACAUUUGUUAUAGCAGUACAGCUACCACAACAACAACAAUUUGAUAGUGAUAGGACUAUGGAGAGGGAGAGAGGCUCUCCUGCCCACUGCAACCUUCUCUUUUCUCUCCUUUUUCUUAUAGUAGAUGGUGGAAUUUGAGCAUCCCAAUAUCAUGUCAAAAGAGGGCACAUGACUGUGGAUGCUGCAAUUGAAGCUAUAGCAGCUUCUUUGAAAGACCCAAAAGAUUUGCUUGUUUUAUUUCUGCACUCAUCCAUUUCAUUCUUCUUUUUUUGGUGUUCUCUUUUCUCAUUCUCUGAAACAGUUUGCCAAGUUUUCUUGUUUCUUCUCUUUAUAAAGCCAAGAGAUACCUCAAGCCAACUUCCUCAUCUCUUUUGUUUCUCCUUUAAGAUUUCAGUUCUUGGGUUAUUCGUUUUGUUUAUGAGAAUUGAGGAUUUCUGCUUAUUGAUUGACAUGGGCUUCUUGAUUGGAAGCUUUGGAUGUGUGAAUAGUUACAGCAAGAAGCAAUGCAGGGCCCUUUUUUGGUGGCUCAAGGCAGCAGUGAAGAAGGCCGUGAAAAAGAAUGGUGGGAAGAAGCGAUUCAAGUUCCACUAUGAUCCUUCAAGUUAUGCUCUCAAUUUUGAUGAUGGUUGUUGCAAUUUGGGUGCAAGUGGAGAUGCAUUCAAACAUGGUAAUACGAAUACCGACACUAAUAUCCUUCAGGAGAGCCAUCUUAUCCUAUGGGUCUACGUUCUGUGGGUAGAAGAACCUUGAGAGUGGUAUUUGUUUGUUUUUUUCGGUCUGUUCUGUACAUUUUCUUUACCCAAUUUUAUGUCGCUGUUGUUGCCAAUCAACCCUAUUAAGCAGCUGAAUAGCAGAAAGCAUUCCAUUAUUAAA